UUUGGGACGAUGUGGGAUUUUCCGGACGACCCAGAUGUCCAGCGUCUCUCUGCAGAGAUAUAUGACAAAGGUGGCGUUGUGAGCGCCGUUUGUCACGGUCCUGUUGCGUUAAUUAACGUGCGUCUAAAGGACGGAAGUUAUCUGGUAAAGGGUAAAGGGAUUGCCGCAUUCUGUAACGAAGAAGAAGAUGCAGCAAGCGUCCGAGACAUCGUCCCUUACACAGUUGAAGAUAAACUUAUCGAAAGGGGAGCCAAGUACACCAAAGCAGGGGUCUUUCAGUCACAUGUUGUAGCAGAUGGGCGCCUCGUAACUGGUCAAAACCCACCGAGCGCUAAGGAUACGGGAGAGGCCAUUGUGAAGGCACUAUCAUAGUAUGAUAUUAUAUAGUCGGGAUCAGACAAUUAAUAGCAACUCACAGUAUCUACAUUACUUACCGAUAGUAUCUGCAUAUAUUUGAAUGAUAAGAUUGAAUAUGUAAAU